AUGCAGCAAAAAACUUCCUUGAGCCGAGCGGGUAUUCAUGGCGUUAGUUGUUUGCCCGAGGUGGCCGAUGUCGCUGGGGGGAGGCUUAAGCCGAAGUUGAUAUCUCUAUCAUCGAGGAACUACUAUGGAAGCACCAUGCCGUCUUGUUGGAACAGUGCAGUCUAUCAUACACGCCUUACGCUGCUCUGGGCAUCUUUCGGAGAUAUGCAUGGGAUGAUGAUGUACACAUUCGUUUCUGACAUAUCAGCUAUAUCCACUGUACAUAUAAAAUCUCUGCUUCACAAAAUCCUCCCGCCAGCGCCUGCCUUCGUUAAGUCUGUCGUGUCGUUUGAUUCUUCCUCCAAUUGUGCCGUCAUUAUUGCGAAACAUAUGUCAUAG